CCGACAACUCAGUCAUGGAUUUGAGCAAUUGUGCGAAGAAUAAGACAAUCACUGAUAUCAAAAAUAAUAUUAAAACUUAUAUUAAUACUGAUAUUAAGACUCAUAUUAAUAAUGAUAUAAAAACUGAGACCAAACCUCAUAUCAAGAAUUGUAUUAAAGUCGAGAAAAUUGAUGACCAAAAAGGCAAUGACUGCAGUAAAGGUGCCACAAAAACACGACACCCUACCUGUGCGCUCUGUGCGAAUCAUGGAGUUAUUCUGGCCGUCAGAGGACACAAAAGGAAGUGUCCGAAAAGGGACUGUAAGUGCGAUCUCUGCAAACUGACGGCCGAAAAGCGCAAACUGAUGGCCACUACUAUCCGCGAGAAACGUAAGCUUAAGGAGGACUCCGCAGACAUCAACCUAACGGACGCCGAGGUGUUUGGGCCGCCAGUCAUCAAAAAGGAGAAAAUUGACGGCACUUCAGAUACAAACAAUGACAUUGAUUACAAAUCGGAUGACGAGGACAGCUGUAAGAGUGAACAAUCGGUUUCAAACAUAAACGACAACGAAAUGAAUGAAUUUAUCGAUAAAAUAUGGGACAGUCUGCCCGUGGAAACCAGAUUUAAGUCAAUUUUAUGCUAUUAUUUAGCAGAAACUGGUUGUAAGAACAGUCUGGAAACCAAUAUCGAUUUAAUACUCCAGGCAUACUCUACUGUAGCCCAGAGUUCACAUUCACUCCCUGUGCGACCCAACAGCAACUUAAAUGCGGUGUUUGAGUCCAAAGUGGGCCCAUUUACUUACCCGUCCACUUUUAUAGGCAAUCCCUAUCCUUACGGCUUAUUAAACUAUUCACUCAUUGAUCCCAGAAUUUCUCAUUUGUAUAGAUAGUAGUUUGAGAUGCAUCUCAAGAAUUGAUAUUUUGUUACUAAUAACUUAUUAUUCCGACUUUAGUGUUGCCUUACUCAAUUAUCAUUAAAAUAUCUAAACAUAAUGUAAU